AAUGUGGCAAGGUUGAUUGACGGAAAAGCCAUAGCUAAAGAAAUUAAAGAUGAAGUGCGGCUAGAGGUCAAUAAGAUCAUUGAAUCUGGAAAGAGACCACCUCAUCUUAGUGUGUUACUUGUUGGUAGUAAUGAUGCUAGUGUGGUUUAUGUGAGAAAUAAAAUAAAGGCAGCUGAGUAUACUGGUAUAACUAGUGAUACUAUAAGAAUGCCAAGUGCAGUAACAGAACAAGAUGUAUUGAAUGAAAUUGACAUGUUAAAUAAUGAACCCAGUGUGGAUGGGCUAUUAGUUCAACUUCCAGUUCCAGAUCAUAUCACAGAACGAAAGAUUUGUGAUGCUGUAGCACCAGAGAAAGAUGUGGACGGAUUCAACAUUUUAAACAUUGGUCGAUUUUGUGUAGAUGAGCCAUCUUUUAUUCCUGCAACUCCAUCUGGUGUUAUGGAAUUACUGAAAAGGCAAGGUGUUGAAACUUUUGAAAAGAAUGCUGUAGUCAUUGGAAGAUCUAAAAAUGUAGGUUUACCUAUAGCUAUGUACUUACAUGCUGAUGGUAACCAUGGAAAUAAUGCAGGGGAUGCCACAGUAACAAUUUGUCAUCGGUAUACUCCACCUGAUCAAUUGAGGGUAUUUACUCAGACAGCUGAUAUUAUAGUAAGUGCUACUGGUAUACCAAACCUAGUAACAGCCGACAUGGUGAAAGAAGGAGUGACUGUUAUUGAUGUAGGAAUAACUAGAGUUAAUGAUCCAAACACAGGCAAAUCUAAACUAGUUGGUGAUGUGGAUUUCGAAGGUGUGAGACAGAAAGCAUCUAAUAUAACACCUGUACCUGGUGGUGUAGGGCCAUUAACAGUUGCCAUGUUGAUGAAGAAUACCCUCAAAGCUUACAAAAAAGAAAUCAAGUUUUCAGAUAAAAGUUGA